UCUCUUUCCGUCUUUGACCGACCCCGGAAUUCCCGGUCAAUGCAUAAAGUCACGAAAGAGUCAUCUUUGCUCCCUCACUUCAGCCCCCACGUCAGCAACUCUUGUUGUUGCUGCUGCUGCUUAACACAUUGCUUUGACCGCCUUCGCUCGACAGUGCACAAUAGACAAUGACGGACUCAGCUGGGAAAAAGAUACAGCUCGGCAUCGUCCUCUUCCCCGACAACACGAUCCAGGACCUCAUUGGCCCGCAUCAGACGUUUGCGUUCCACGGGGAGACGCACCUCAUCAGCAACGUCGUCGGCCCUGUCCGAAGCGAUUCGGGCAUUUCACUCGUUGCGACACGGAGCUACGCGCAGGGCCUUCCCGAGGGCGGCCUCGAUAUUGUCAUGGUGCCCGGCGGACAGGGCACAUUUGCGGCCAUGCAGGACCAGGAGCUGAUUGCCUUUCUCCGCGCUGUCGGCCCCCGGGUCAAGUACGUCACUUCGGUCUGCACCGGGUCCCUCAUUCUCGCCGCUGCGGGCCUGCUUGACGGAUACAAGGCAACGACGCAUUGGAAGUACUACGACUUGCUCGAGACCCUCGGUGCGGGCAAGAUUGAGUGCAUCAGGGGCCAGCGCGUCGUCAUGGAUCGCAACCGCUUCUCGGGCGGAGGCGUCACCGCCGGCAUCGACCUUGGGCUCACCAUGCUAGCCCACAUCAAAGGCCAGGAGGCGGCACAGACGGUCCAGCUGCUGAUGGAGUACGACCCCAAGCCUCCGUUUGACGCUGGCUCGCCCCUGAGCGCGCCCAAGGACAUUGUGGAUAAGGCCGAGGCAGCAACCAAAGUUGUGAUGGAGCAGAGGAUGCACACAGCCAGAGAUAUUGCCCGCAGGCGCUUCGAGAAGACAUGAUACCACCCUCCUUGUUGCUCUUUACCCUCUCUCUCUCCUCCUCUUUCAAUCGUAACGCUCAAGGGAGCGUGGACGCAUCAAGCGGGACUCGGGACAUGGAUAGAAAAAAAUAAAACUUCGGCCUUUGGCAGUUGGGACCCUCUCUAGCUCAAUUCGACUAAGGUCGCUUUGGUGGUCAGAUCAGGCCACCUCGUCGCCUUUGACUUGCAGCUUACUUCUGCCUCGAUCUGUCAGACUAGUGGUCGCGAGUGGGUCUGACGAGCGUUGAGAAAAGAAAAGUGGGGCAGUGGUAGCUGCAACGGCAGACGUUAGUGAGACUGAGGGAGCGGGCGCAGGCUCCCGCUUUG